UACGACAAAGUUGGUCUACCAGGGUAGGUCGUAACCCGCAAGACUUUUCACUGUAAAGAAAAUGGCGUCUCUCGCGGGAGUUCGUUUUUUAAUAAGAAAUACCGGUACUCUUAGACGUUCAAUUAAUCGAACAUGUUUAAGAAGUACUGUUGCACAAUUUCAGUCAAAUGUAAAAUUUUGUCAUUAUAGAAGACAAAAUUCUAUCACGCUUGCACCACAGGGCACACGAGUCAAGCAGGUUCGUCAGUAUGGUCAUACGGUACCAUUAACACUUGAGUAUAUUAGCCAGCGUGUACUUUUAGUACUCAAUCUUUAUGAUAAAGUUGAUCCACAGAAGUUGACUCUAAAAUCUCACUUUAUGGAAGAUCUGGGUUUGGAUUCCUUGGAUCAUAUAGAAAUUAUAAUGGCCAUGGAAGAUGAAUUUGGUUUUGAAAUACCAGAUAUGGAUGCAGAGAAACUUUUACGACCCGAGGAUAUAGUACGUUACAUUGGCGAUAAACAAGAUGUUUACGAAUAAACAUUUACAUAAUAUAAACCAUUUCAUUAGUCAAGCUUUUUU